UCCAGGAUGCGUUACGUCGCAGCUUACCUGCUAGCAGUCCUCGGUGGCAACGAGUCUCCUACAUCAAAGGACUUGAAAAAGAUCCUCGACAGUGUCGGGAUUGAGACGGAUGAUGAACGAAUGAACAAGGUUAUUAGUGAGCUGAAUGGAAAAAACAUCGAGGAUGUCAUUGCACAGGGUAAUGGAAAACUUGCCAGCAUGCCAGCUGGGGGAGCUGUGACAGUCUCUGCUGGAGGGGGCUCUGCUGCUCCUGCUGCAGCUGCUGCCCCUGCUGCCGCUGAGGAGAAGAAAGAAGAGAAGAAGGAGGAAUCUGAAGAAUCAGAUGAUGACAUGGGAUUUGGCCUGUUUGAUUAAUUAUUUGGUUUAGAGAAAUUAUUAAAAUUCUUUGUUUUAAAUUGUCUUUU